AUGAAUCCUUCUUUGCCGGAAGAAUGGAAAUCUUAUGUUGAUUUAAAUGGAAUAGUCUAUUAUUAUAAUACAAGAACUGGUAUAUCUCGGCAGAAUCCUCCUUACCAAAUGCAGUCAUUCCCCCAAAUUUCUAAUCAAAAUACCGAUACCAAUACCAAUAUUUUACACCAGAAUUCUCCUUACCAAAUGCCAAUUCCUCAACAUUAUAAUUCAAAU